UUUGAGUUACAAGAGUCCGAGACAAUGAAUAGACAGAUGUUGACAGUACUGGCUGUGAUGGCAGGAGCAGCUCUGGUUUUAGGAAAUGAAAACUGUACUUCUACUUGUACAGCUUAUAAAGCUUGUUCGAGCCUUAACGUGAGCAGUAACUACACUGCUUUCCUGAACAACAGUCUCGUUUGCGAUUCACAAAAUGAUGGCAUUCUAGGAAAACUCUUCGGCAGUAUGAGCAGUUGUGGUCUGAAGGAUGCAGCUAUUGAAGUUGCAGAUCUGUUAGAUAUCGGAUGGGAUGGCGUCAGUUCUCUGGAGGCCAUCAUCAGUGACGAAGAAUUCUGGCUAGAGGGUUGUCAAUGGGACCAACUUGCUGCUGCAGCUUGCAUAUACUACAGCGUUCCAGCAAAGGGCGAAUGUACUAACAGUCCUAGUGUGUCACGAAAUGGUCUCUUCUGUGCUGGAGAGUGCAUGAAUCUUGCUAAAGGCUGCCUCAAUCUGGAGAAAUACCGACAUCUUACUGAAUCGAUUACAGAUUUCUGUAAAUCUGUCACAAAUGCUGAUGCCAAAUCUACCACAUGCUUGAAAGGACAGGUGGACCAGGCAGGCCUCACUGCUCCUAAAUGCCCAGAUGGAACCGUAAAAGAAACAAGUCUGACCGGACCGUUCGUUCUGGCUGGUAUCGCACUGGCAUUGGCUGUCGUCGCCCUGAUAGGACUUGCUCUCAUAACAUGCAAAAGUGGAUCAGGAGCCGGAGCUCCGAACUCAUUCUAAACUCUUAUUAUGAGGACAAAAGUGCAGGCACUUGACUUUCCGACCAGAUUGUUUUUACACGAUAAAAUAUAUUGAGGCGUAGACAUUUUGUUUCAUAAUCAUUGUUUAUUAUUAUUGAGUGGUUGAUUUUUGCAUUUUUUACAGAAUUAAGAAUUUCGCAGCAUGUCGAUGGUUUUAUCAGUUGAUUGAUUUUAUAUUUUUUCGUUACGUA